GCUGGCUUCAAAUGACGAUCCUCAGUUCUCAGCCUCCUGAGUAGCUAGGAUUACAGGUGUGAGCCACCAGCAUCAGAUUUCUUAAAACCUAAGUCUUGGUCUUUGAUUCUGUAGUUCUUUCUUCUUCAUUUUUAUUAUGCUUUAUACAGGGAUGGGCAGGCAUAAAAUACAGGGAUGGGCAGGUGUACAAUAUUUUUUCUCUUCCUAUAGUUUUUGCUUAUAGAAAACGAUUUCUUUUAGUCUGUGUUAACAAAACCAAUUGCCAUCUCUAGCAUGAAUAGUCUGGCUGUGGCAGCUUGUGUUUCUUCACAAUUUUAGCUUGCUGUUGCAGUCAUGACACAUUUCAGAACAAAUUUACCUACUGCUUCAAUCAGUUCUUAUUUUGUUAAAUUUUUAUUUUCCUGAUUGAGCUUCACUGGGUCAAUGUCAUGUCAUGUUAGUGUGAUAAUUUUUGAGUUUGCUCUUAAAUUCAAAGUAAUUAUGAAGCAAUCUUGAGAAUGCAUACACGUUCCCACAGGAUUUUUAAAGCACAAAUACAAUUUACAGUUUUUUUUUUAUAUCUACCCAUUUGAAUUUUGGUUCUUUAUUACAGUUUGCUAUGGUAAUAUUUUAUGUCAAUAAUUGUCCAGCAGCUCCUAAGUGAAUUUUAAUAUAAUAAAAUUAUGUAAUAUAAUAACAUUAUUUGCAAAAAGUAUAAUUUAAGUAACUUCUAAUCAUAUAACUAAUAUGAUAUUCAUUAGUAAUGUAAUAUUUUUCUUUCUUUUCCUCCACCCCUACUACUGGAGUUUGAACACAGGACUGCAUAGAUGCUAGCAUCAUUAGUUAUUCCUUCUGGCAGAACCCUUCCAAGUUUUGUUCCAGCAGAACUGGGUACCUCGGGCUCCAGUGCCAACUUUGCUUUUCCUGGCUAUCCUAUUCAUGUGCCAGCAGGUGUGACGCUGCAGACUCCAUCUGGUCAUCUUUAUAAAGUGAAUGUACCGAUUAUGGUAACACAGACUUCGGGAAGAGCAGGCAUUUUCCAGCCUCCAGGCCAGCAAGUGUUCCAGGAACUUGGGCAGCCUUCCAUCAUACAGACCAGUAUCCCACGACCGAAUUCGUGCUCCAUCCAAGCCACUCCUGACAGGCAACAGAGAGUGGAAACUGGGCUGCUACAACCCACAAUUCUCCAUUCUGUUCCAGUGGAUAGGAAACAACUAGAAACCACCACCACCACCACCACCAAUCUCCUCUUAUCACCUGGCAAUGAGCAUAAAGUCAGGGCUGAAGCUUUUCUGAGUCAGCAGGAAAGCUCUCAGUAUCUGGGUCUUCGAGGUCCUGGAUUUCCUUCUCAAGUCUCUCAAACAGAUUCUCAGGUGGAGCCAGUACUCAGCGUGUCAGCUAACAUGAGUCAAAACCUGCAUGGUGGGCUCCCCCUGUGCCCCCCUGGGGCACCCUGCCACUAUGUGACUGAUGCCAGACUUUAUGGUCUUAACAGUAGGAUGUACGGAUGUGACUCUAUAGCACAACCAAGAAAAACAGAGGCAGCCAGCAGUGUACCUGUAUCGGAGAAGAAUUCAACUUCUCAGAUGAAUUUGAGCAUUCGGGUAACUGAUGAUGAUAUUAAUGAAAUAGUUCAAAUAGAUGGGACUGGUGAUAUAUCUUCUAAUGAAGAAAUAAAAAGUAUACGAGAAGUCAACAAUGAAUUCAUGGGGGUUAUCGACACAGGAAAUCUAAAGGUGCUUAAAGAAGCUGACAGUGUAUCAAAUGAAGAGUCCACUACAAACAGCAGUGAUAAUGAAGACUCUCAAGUAGACAUUGUGGAAGAGGAUCCUCUAAAUUCAGGAGAUGAUGCUAGCGAGCAGGAUGCGCCAGACCUGUUUGACACGGAUAAUGUCAUUGUCUGCCAGUAUGAUAAGAUUCAUCGAAGCAAGAACAGAUGGAAAUUCUAUUUGAAAGAUGGUGUUAUGUGUUUUGGAGGGAGAGACUAUGUAUUUGCAAAAGCCAUUGGUGAUGCAGAGUGGUAAACCUUAGCAGCUCACUACCUUUAUUUUGUAAUCAUCAGUUGGGGGCUCAUUGCAUAUUGUGAAGCAUUUUUAUUUUAAAUAUCAUCCAUCA